AUGCAGCUCAAGAACAUUGUCCUCGCCGCCUCGGUCAGCGCCGCUGUCUCUGCCGCCCCCUCUACCGAGUCCAACAAGACCUUCGGUGUUAUCGCCAUUCACUCUGGUAGCGGUGUCCAAAACGCUGCAUUUGAUGCCUCCCAGAGCAGCAUCUUUGCUGGUCUGGCCAAUCCCGGCGCCAGCUGCGCCCGUCCCAAGGAGCAGGACGCCACUUUCUAUAUCAACGACGGCGCCCUUUACCUCUAUGACAAAUCUGCCACUCCUCAAGAGAUCUAUGUUGACGCCUCCGGCAUGGGUCAAGGCAAGAUCGGAUACACCACCGGUGCUCAGCCCGCUCCCAAGAACUCCCAGCGCAAGGGAUGGGCAGUGAAGGACGGCCACCUCCAAUUCUCUGGCAAGGACUUGAUCGCUUGCCCCAACAGCAUUGAUGGUGCCUGGAGCAUCUGGGCCUCUGCUGGUAUUGAUAACCCUGCUGGCAACGAGAACUGUGUUAGCAUUGCCGCUCGUGUUAUGGAGACAUCCAACCCCAACGGCUGCAAGUACACCUCGUAA